AUGAACGUUUCAUCAGCAAACACAAACAGUUGUUCUCUUCCAAUGGCUCAUGGUAUUCUACUUAUCUUAGUCAACGCUAUCGUUUGCGUUUUGGGAUCACUUGGAAAUUUGCUUGUUUGUUUGGCCAUUGCUACAAACUCCCGCUUACGCCGACCCUCCAACUACCUUCUAUUCAGCUUAGCAAUCGCUGAUCUAAUCAUCACCUUCGUAUGCGAGCCAAUCGUUCUGGAAUACAUCAGCUUCCUAACGUUCUUCCACGAGUGCAGAAGAGGCCCGAACCUACGUGUGUUCUCCAUUUCUUCUGGUCUUUCAUGCCAAUCUUCAGUCCUACAUUUGGCGGCAAUCAGUCUUGAUCGUUUCGUUGCCGUUGCAUUUCCCCUGCGUCACAAAAUGUUCAUGGAAAAAGGCGGACUUAAGAUUAUGCUCAUAGCAUCAUGGUCCAUUCCGAUUCUUACUUCCGUUUUACCCAAUAUCCUUCCGAAAGGUUCCCCUCUCUUCUUUUAUUUUAUCAGAAUUGGAAUCUUUGUCUUUAGUGGUUUAAGUAUUUUCUUUUUUCACUUUCUGAUUGUGGUAGCUCUGCUCUACUACAGGAAGAAAACAAAGCAGCUGAGAGCUCGAACAGUUUCAGUCCGGGUCACUUGCACACUGGCUAUCGCAACAGGCGUCUUCACCGUUUGUUGGGUUCCAAUAAUUACUGUGCUUGCCGUCGACAAAUGGCGGAGAAGCCCUCUGCACUUUUGGCGCCAAACUCUGGCUAUGUCAAACUCAGCCAUGAACUUUGUGAUUUACUCUGCUAGAAUGCGGGACUUCAAAGAUGCAUACGUUGGUAUCUUACGCAAGAUGCUCUGCCUGUAGAGCACUUGUCGUUCACUACAGUUUCAAGAUCUGACAAACUACUGAGAAACUUGAACCCAUAGUUAUAUAAUCUUCAUCGUUAUUAUAGGUAAAUGUUGCCCAGAAAUGAAAAUAGCUCUAAAAAGACCUAACAGUUUUAAGUGUCAGUUCCAUUUAGAAUACGUAUGGUUUUCGAAGCUUUCCUAUCACAAAUGCCUCAGAUUUUGGGGAGCAUACCCGUAACGUUUUUAGUCAAAAAUAGUGAAGGCAAGAGGUAUCAGAAAAUCUUACGUUUUGUUAAUAGAAUCUAAUUCGUUUGAAAUAAACUGAAUUCAUUAGAGUUAAUAAUAACAGAAAUAAUAAUAAUAGUCUUCACUCGUUCAUUUUCUGUCACCGUUUUGAUAAACUCGUAGCGGAAAAAGAACGCAGGGAGAAGAUCGACUACUAUCAAGAAUAAAAAGUGAAAGACAGUGCAAAAGAUCUGGAACUGCGCAUGCAGAAGUAUUUCUGUCAUCCCUAUUGUAAUUGUGGCUCUUAAGACUAUAAGUAAACACCUAAGGAUGUGGAUCAGCUGAAGUUAGAAACACCUGGGAUAAUUGCUAAAGAUCUUUAGAAGGACCCUGGUACACCUAAGGCUAUAGGAUAUAGCUUGAUGCUCUGGAGAAAUAACGCCACCUAAAGGUGUAAGGCAUGAACAUAAUAAUAAUGAUAAUGAUGAUGAUGCUGCUGAUGAUGAUGAUAUUAGUAAUUUACUUAAAGUCGAGAACGUGGGUUACGGUUCAUGUCAAAACGUUCGACAACUUAAUAUUAUCUAGAGACUAAAGUACAUAACAAUAAGCGUAUCGUACAUGCAUUAUCUUAAUUUUUAUAUUUGAAAACUAACAAUAAUAAAGCAUAUUAUUCCAAAAAUAAGAAAGUAUCACAGGCAAGAGUCACAUUUAUAUCCUUUAAAUCCCGUUAAUUUGCCAAAUAAGUUCUCGAAAAUAAGUAAUCAGGCUUAUAGAGUUAAACUCAGUUUUGUAGAUUGUUCGAAUACAUGUAAUAUAAAGGUAAAACAAUAUAUAAAAGAGGAUUAUGUGGGAAUUAUGCAAGUGACUACUAUUAUACGCAAAUUACUGUUCAUUGCUACUACUUGCCCCUGCAGGGAUUUCGCACAGAAGGCGAAAUCCCGAGAAGGCACUCUAGUAACUCGCGGGUAUAUCAAGGAAAGUACUUACAGUUGAAAUAUACAGUCAUACAGUCAAUAGAGAAAAAAUCUCGAUUUGCUUGAACAGGGGCCGCGAGGAAUCGGUAGGUAAUGACUCGGACGUUUCUAUUGUUUGCGCCCGCAAGUACGAAAUGGUUAAGAUGACGUAAAAACAGAAAAUCCCGAAGGGACCCCUCAGGUAGAUUUUGUGACAUUUAUUGUGCAGUCAUACUUCGAUACUCUUUUGCGUAACGCAGUGACAUUCUGUGGAGCAGUUGUUUUGAAAGUUAUGGACCAAAAAGCACUUGGAGAGUUUGCCAGACACGAGUUCACAAAUCUUUGAUUUAUAUUGGAAACCUUGCCAGACACUCUUUCUCUCUCUUUGACCAGAAUUAGACUCAGCCCCAAACAAGCAAGACGAGUGAACAACGGCUAGCCGUAUCACUAGCAGAACGAUGGACGAUUACAGAAAUUCGCCGACAAUCAAAUUCUGUGCUGACUUAUUCCCUGCUCACAGAUGUCCUUCCGUUAUAAAGUUUAAAAUAAGACUGGAACGCCCGAGCGUGAAUCGAUCAAACGUCCUUUUAAUUUCUAAGGCUUACUUUCCGGGAAAUAAAAUGAACGUAAUGUAAAAAGUGAAAGAGAAAUAGCGAAAAAUUCACCUUCUAAUUAAAUCUUUUCUUAUGGUUUAGAAUAAACUAUUCUCGAAACUGAGAAUGUUUUGAUCAAAGCUGUGUAAAUCGAGCUGAAACUGUGCAUGGAACCUUGCGUUUCCAAAGUAGCUAUUAUAAAAACUAAGCCGGAGUGUAACCACGGCUUUUUUCUCUUCUCCUCCUUUCCUUCUCCUCGCUCUUUCUUUUCUCCUUUCCUUUUCCUUCGUUACUGUGAUAUUUGGAGCUUCCUUCUCGAGCUUAAGAAACCUGCCUUUUAACGCCUUUUCACUCAAAUGACUGCAAAUUUCGUUAGGUUGGUUUUCAAAAAAAUCGGUUGGAUAUAAUGAGGGCGAGAGUCCCUUAACCGACUUGUAAAUCAUGCAGAUAAAGUGCCAUUAUACGGCUCUGAUGCUUUAGCAAGCACACAACAGCAAGGCCAUAAGUAACUCUUCAUAGUGCCUAGUGUUAAAUGUAUUUAAUAAAUUCCUUAGUUUGUACUCUUAAGCCGACUUCACUUUACUGUUUUAUUCACACUAAAACAAAACGCUUUGUCCUACAAAGGUGAAAUCACGGUGAAAUUAAUUUUGCGCAUUUAUGUUAUAUCUUGUGCUUUACCAACAUUGUCUACAAGGGUUAAGACAACGAAAAGAAACUCUACCAGCAGAUAUUUCCGUGCUUCGGAUAGUAUAGUUCAUUUUCUGAGUACGUUUUCCACAGAGCUCUUUCUUUCUUCACGGAAAAUGGCUCAAAAGUAAAGAUAACAAGGGCCCGAUUUUGAGCGCAAAAAGCCUCAGUUAUAAGUGAAAUCAGUAAAGAGCCGAAAACGAAAUUCUCUUGGUACACAGAGGAUUUCUACGAGAUCUUGUCCGCAAAAUAGCACAUAUAUAAGGGAUACAAUGAGAUGAAAAAAAUAUAAUAAUAUAUCAGCGGAGAAACCCGAUUAUUAUAUAGCGUAGCAUUUGUAUUAUUUCUAUUGAAUGACGUGAGAAUGAUGUGAAGAAUUAUGCAGAUUGAUGAGGAGAAUGCUCUCUUGCUGUUUACUUCCUCGUUUCCAGCGCCUGAAACAGGGUUGUUGGAUGCCAUAUCUGCCUGGAAACGAGGCUGCUAUGGCAAGUACGAUGGAAUCCAUGGUACAAAAAUUGCUCGUAAUUUCCAAAUAAGGUAAGCGCCGGCUAGUUAUGAAAAAUUAGCGGGGUGAUUGGAGCCAGUCAAACGGUAAAAUAUUUUAAAUGGAUAAUAAUAUGUCAUAUUAACCUUUCUAGCACGUUAAUGUUGAUGUUGAUAUUUUGAUCUUGUUGAUAAUCUGGCUUGUCUGGUUGCCCUAGCAAAAGCUUAGAGAAUGUCGUCUUAUCUUUGUGAAUCAACCUCAUAUAAGUCCUUCGGACUCGCCAUUAAAUUUGCUUACGUCAAAGUGGACAGGAAAAACAGAUAUAUUUUUAACCCACAGUAAACACCCGCACCUAUCAUUUGGAGGUUAAUUUAGGCUGAUCAAGUUUUUAUUUACCAGGAGAUGAAUCGGCCUGAAAAUGUUUUUUGAUGUGUUCUUAAAAUUUGUUUAUUAACAGAGGUUAAAUUAACGAACAAUGUUUUAUUACCUACACUAAAAAAUAGGUUUCAAAAAUAAAUACAUACUAUCACUAAUAUAAGUAAACUUUGACAGUUAAAAGCUCAACAUCAAAUUGCUGUUAAUCAGCAGUUUUAAUGUUUUCAUUUCUUAAUUCACAAGACCAGCAGCCCCUGAGUUUGUAGGGUCCAGCACACCUAUGGACACCAAAGUACUUUUGGUUUCUUAUUCUGGCAUCCUUUUUCUUUUUAUAUAAGAACAAGUUUUAUUUAUCAGGCUGAAUUGUUUCUUACACAUCUUGUGCUUUAUUGUCCAACUUUAAGCCUGAUGUCCUUAAUCCACUUGUUCUUAUAUGCGGGUGUUUACUGUAUUACAAACUUGGAGUUAUUUUUAUUCACAUAAAAUAUAACACUGCCAAAGGUAGACGAAAAAAAGGAGCAAUACCGAAUUACAGUGCCAAUUUUUAGAAUGACAAAAAGCCUUUACCAUAGCUUAAUUGACUACCACAGUAGUAGUCUAUCGUCUAUAAGUGAAGACUAGAUGCAUGUAACUGAGGAAGAAUCAUGAAAGGCAGUCUACAAUGGUCAAUCCAUUUUGGUUUUAUUCAUGUACUCACGGAAGUUUCGCCCUAGUCUACUUAACUAAACGUAACUAUAUACUUUAUAUUAAAACAGCUAUGCAUUUCUAAUGGUAAACAACCAGACUCAUAAACUCAUUUUUUAUGGUAGAGGCCUGCCAGGUCACGCUGGGAUUCAUGGUCUGCUCGGCGGGGUAACGCCCCGUCCAUACGUAUCCGGAUAUUUUUGAAUCCGUUGUGUAUCCGAAGAGACAAGAAGACAACUACAAAAAUAAAUUUGUCAAGUAGGAUUUACAAAGAAAGAAAAGCGGAGCUACUUGAUGGUAAGUGCAAUUUUUGUAUAGUCGGAGAGAGAAAGAAAAUUUUCAAGCUACCGGAGGAGACGUCAACAUAACACUCUUUGGAAGACGAAAGAGCGAUUUUUUUACAACUAUAUGAGGCUGAGAGAGAGAUAUUAAGCUUUCAACUGACUGGAGAGAAAUACUUAAUAGAAGGCACAACUAGAGUGCUGGCCAAAAGCUGUACAGAAUUAGUUUCGACCCAGCAGCGAGUGCCCAUAUCAGUUCUGCGGUUUUGCACAAGAUGAGCCUUUGUGAUACUGAAUAAGAGCGUCGAUGUAUUAGUUUGUCUGGGAUCACCAUACAUGCUGUUUGCCAUUUAUAUUCUCAGACUAAGACAUCGGCUUUGAUAAAUCAUUCAUUGUCUAAUUGCACCUGGUCCAGUUUUUAAAUCGAAAUCAGCAGCAAAAGACGAAACUUAAAAACUGACUUUCACUUAGGGUUCAAGUAAGCUUUGACAAAAUAACUGACAACAGCCAACUUUUAUUACUUAGAAAAUGAGUGUUUAAUUAAAGGAUUGUCCCAAACGUGUCAAUGGCAAAUGAAAGGUGUAUUGCUAUUUCCUCUAGAGAAACUUCGCUGCUAAAUUAAAAGGAUCUUGAAACAGCUUGGGGUGUGUCUUUUUUUAGCUUAAGUGCACCACACGUCACCUAUAAGACGACUAUAUCGCUGCCGUACUUAGUAAUGAGCUGUUGGUAGUUUCAGGACUUUAACCGUUAGGGACUUUAUUUCUAAAGCUAGAUUUUCAGAAUUUCAGAUGGAAGCAAACCUCAAAUGCAAAAGAAUGUAUACUUUUCAAUUCGAAAUACAGUUAACGCAGCAAAACAUAAGUUAAGACAAGUUUUCGUAGAACAUUUUUUUAGCUUAAAGUACAUAAUAAAAGCAUUAAAUUAACUGCUGACUUCAGUGCCAUGAAAAGAUCAUUUAAAAGACUUACGAGUGUGGUUAAGGGAAGGUGGAAACAGCAGUUGAAGGCGAUUAAUGUUGACUAUCUGGGAAUCAAGUGAAACUCACAAAGAGGGUAACACGCUUAGAGGUCUUACGCCUAAUUUUCACUACUGAGCCGACGCAAACACAAGGGCAGACACUUACAAGUCAUCAUUUAACCCGGAAAACGGCCUAGACGCACGAGCAAGGAUGUGCAAAAGCGCAUUAGAGGAUAUAUAUUUCAGUUUAUUUUCUUUUUCGUGUGAAACGACAAAAUUCUCUCUCCCGUAGGUGUUAUCUGACGAAAGCAAACUACCGUGAGGAUGACAUUAAUUUAGUUCAUUUACGUAUCGGGCCGGACAGUAUAUAAAGAAUUAAUACAUGAUGAUAACAAAGUCCACCCGCUGAUAUUACUGUGCUUCGGAUAGGUCAUUUUUGAGUGCACUCUAUGUUAAGCUCUUGCUUUCCUCACAGAAAAUGUCUCAGUUGCAAGGAUUAAAAGUUCCCGAUUUUGAGCAACAAAAAAAACGAAAGAAUUGGAGAAAUCAGUAAAGAACCAAGAACGGAAAUGUUGUUGGCAUCAGAGGAUCUCUACGAGAUCUUGUCAGCAAAAAAAACAAAUGUAGGGGUACACCAAAUCUAAAUAACAAUAAUAAUGUAUCGAUAAUUAUACUGAAUAACACGUAAUAUUAGCCUUUUUAGCACGUUAUAAUUUUGAUGUAGUAUUGAUAUUCUGUUCUUGUUGAUAAUUUGGCUUGUCUGGUUGCCUUAGCAAAAGUUAUAGAACGUGUUUUUCGCUGUCCCAAUGGACUUCAUAUAGGUCCUUCGAGCUUAUCAUAAUAAAUUCCUUACAGAGGGCGAGAAAAACAGGUAUAUUUUUAACCUAAUUCAAACUUGGAGUUAUUUUUAUUCAUAACACUGCCAAAAGUGGUAGACGAAUAAGGAACAAUACCAGAUUACCGUGUCCAUAUUUUGUUAAAAUGACAGGAAGCCUUUACUAUAGCUUCACUGACUACCACAGUAGUAGUCUAUGCGCAAUAAAUGUAUUUUACUGUACAUAAACAAAUGAGGAAGAGACAUGAAAAGCCUUUUUUUUAUUCCUUAAAGCCCCGAAGUCAAGGGUGAAUUUUAACAUAUAUCGAAAUUGGUCUAUUGUUACUAACGCAACGAGAUACCAUUAUAAUGAUAAUGAAGGGGAUAUUAAUAGAAACACGACAAUCAUGAUAAUAACAAAUUAAUACAAAAUCCAUCCCAGUUAAAGUUAAGAACUCAGCAACAGCACUGCGUGGUCUGCUCGGCAAGGUAAAUUAACGAUUUGCAGUUAUGGGCUAUCAUUUAAUAUUACACGAAAUAUUCUUAACAAACUAAUAUCAAUAUUUUGCUCUUUAAUGGUUAUCAAUCUGGCUGAUGUUGUUGUUAUCUUUCGGUAGUUUGAGAGGUUUAGGUGUUUUUUCUUGCUUACGUCGAAAGACUGUAUAUAGGUCUUUUGGCAUGCUUGAUAAUAACUUGCUUGGCCCUUUGUCUUUCAUUCGUGCUUAUAAUAAUCCAGGCAAAGAGCUAAUGCUACAUUUGAGACGUCCAUGGUAUCAACAAACUACACAGACAACAUGAACGUUUCAUCAGCAAACAGUUGUUCUCUUCCAAUGGCUCAUGGUAUUCCACUUAUCUUAGUCAACGCUAUCGUAGGCGUUUUGGGAUCACUUGGAAAUCUGCUGGUUUGUUUGGCCAUUGCUACAAACUCCCGCUUACGCCGAGCUUCCAACUACCUUCUGUUCAGCUUAGCAGUCGCUGAUAUAAUCGUCACUUUGAUAUGCGAGCCAAUCUAUCUGGAGUUCAUCAGUCGGUUAACCUUCUUCCACAAGUGCAGAACGAGCACGGAAACACUUGUGUACGAGGUUUUAGUCAGCCUUUCAUGCCAGACUUCAUUCCUCCAUCUGGCUUCAAUCAGUAUUGAUCGUUUCGUUGCCGUUGCAUUUCCACUGCGUCACAAAAUCCUCAUGGAAAAAUGCGGACUUAAGAUUAUGCUCUUAGCAUCAUGGUCCAUUCCGAUUCUUAAUUCCUUUUUAUUCAAGAUCAUUCCGACAGGUUCCACUCCUGUCUCUUAUGUUAUCGGAGUUGGAAUCUUUCUUUUCAGCGGUUCAACUAUUUUCUUUUUUCACUUUCUGAUUGUGGUAGCUCUGCUCUACUACAGGAAGAAAACAAAGCAGCUAAGAGCUCGAACAGUUUCAGUCCGGGUCACUUGCACACUGGCUAUCGCAACAGGCGUCUUCAUCGUUUGUUGGGUUCCAAUAAGUACUCUGCUUUCCGCUGGAAAGCCCCCGCCCUUGCCGCAGAGAAGCCCUCUAUACUUUUGGUUCGAAACUCUGGCUCUGUCAAACUCAGCCAUGAACUUUGUGAUUUACUCUGCUAGAAUGCGGGACUUCAAAGAUGCAUAUGUUGGUAUCUUUCGCAAGAUGUUCUGCCUUUAG